AUGCCCGAGCCAGCACCUCGAAUCGUGCCCAACACCGAUCGAAGCGAGCAGGAGUUGGAGGCCUUGGAAUCCGAGGUGAAGCCGCUCGUGGGGGCCAAGGUGGAAGGUGCUGGAGGGCCGGCUCUUGUGGCUACAGACGGGGAGCAGCAGCAGUGUUAUCUUUGCAACAAAGGACCUCGAAGCUGUUUGCUUGUUGGAGCGAUCGGACUGAUCGGAGUCUUCAUCGCGAAUGCUUUUCUGGAAGCUCUGGAAGCACGAGGUGCAACAGCACAACCGAAAAUUGGCGUGCCCAGGGUGGUUGAUUCUCCAACUUCUGCAAGCGCUGAUCCUGCCGAGCUUCCGCCCACGACUCCUGGAAAACUAAGCCUGUUCUCAGCAGACGAUUUCAGGUAUCCCUAUGAUCCAAGCAGCCGUGCCUUUAACGUGAAGGCCAUGGAAUGCCUCAGGCAAACAACUCCUGACCUCCAGCACUUGGAGUACCCCGCUGAUGCUGAAGAGCACUUCGAAAAGCUGAACCAGACGAUGACCAAGUUUACGACUGAUGUGAAACCGCUGUGUGGCAAAAUCACCGCUGGCUUUUGCGGUCCCUGGCUCGAGAACAACUGGAUCUGGCAAUUCAGCGAUUUAUGGAAGAACCGUAGGAACGGCACCCGACUUCGAGAUAUUUUUGGGCCGUAUAUUCCGAUCCUCUUUCCAUUCCUGGAUGUUUUCGUUCCAAAUUUCUAUAGGUACCCUCCUGGACUGCUGGAAGCGUUGAACCAGACGAUGCGGCCCAAUGUGCUGUACAUAGCCGUGUCUCAGAGUGAUAACGGCAUCUUCGGCCACUGGCCAGAUCGGAAAUUUGUCAAGUUCAGGCAGACGGACUUCCCGAACAUGCUGGUACUCAGCGCUGGUGGCUAUGGCCAUGUUCCUCUUCCCAUGCUAAAGCAGUCGGAAGAUCCAGCAGAGACGAUGCCAAUCUCCGACAGGGCAUACGCUGUUUCCUUCAUGGGCUCCUUGGAUCAUGGUCCGCGUACGUGUCGCCCACACAUGAAGCUACAGGCAGAGAAGUGGGGCAAGCUGAGAAACAAGACAGUGAAGAUAGGUUUCGGCAGAGACUGGAAGGAGGUCAUGACGAACACUGCCCUGAAUCUCUCUCCCCGCGGUUUCGGACGCAGCUCCUACCGAACUGGAGAACUCUUGCAGAUGGGCUUGAUACCUGUCUAUAUCCACGAAGAGGGGCCAUGGCUCUUCUACAGAGACUUGUGGACCAAAGAGAGGAUUGGCUUCUCCUCCACAGUCAACGAAUUGGAGUCGACCUUGGAUCACGCUUUUUCUGAUAUUCCCAAGCUGAUGGACAUGGAGAAGCGCAUCCGGGCCAUGCGCAAGACUCACUUUCUGCCCCUGGGCGUGCUGGACCAGAUCUACAAGUUUAUGACAGAACGGGACGGCGGUGGCGAUCUGAGGUGUGAACCCUUGCCGGCAAGCAUCGUCAGAUGA